AUUCCCACUGGCACGACCAACGAGGCCCUGGACACUUCCUACGAUUCCAGAGAUUCUGUUUCCAAAGGGCCUCCUCGCUAUGCUAAUGCUGAAUCUGAUGCCCAGGGACCCCCACGCUAUGAGAAAGAAGUGAAGAGAGGUCGCCAGAAUAGAGGAUAUGAUGAAGAAGAAAGGGAAAGAAAUGAGAAAAAUGACAGAAAUACUAACCAAGGCCGCAGACAGCCAAAAGAGCGUGAAGAGCGCAGACACCGAAGCCGUGACUAUGACGAUGAAGAACCGCCACGGCGCCGUCAUUACAACGCUGACGACGGCACGGACAGCCGAAUUGAAAUGGGUGACCCCAAUAUGGGAACAUCUAUCUAA